AUGAUGAAAUUUCGUACCGUUUUCGUCGGUCUCGCGGCCGUCGCGCUCGUUUGCGUUUGCGUGGCGCGCGCCGCAGGUCUUCCCGGAGGCGACGCCGCCCCCGAGAAGGAGGCUGCGCUGCAGGAUUCGGCUGUACGAGAGUUUGUGGGUGCGAACGUUGAGGAAGAUUCAAGUCCGAAGACCAAUUCCCUUCGGAACUACCCGGGACAGUCCGUCAAAGAAGUGCUCAAACACAGUGCGCCGAAACUGGCUCUCGCCACCCUGCUGGCUGCCCUUGGCUUCUUCGCGCUGUCUCGCAAGUCUCCCCGGCCGAGUGACCCCGAAGGCAUUCAACUCAACGCGCGCAUGAAUUUCCUCUUUUCUCUGCUCGCGGCCCCCGCAGUCGGCUUGGGUGUCUACGUCGGUAGCGAAAUGCAGCGCGCGCGCCGAAACCGAAGGGCGUGGGACUCGAUGAUGGCCGCGGAGUUUCAGCGACGACCGAGGCGGACGCCGUCUGCUGCGCAGGAGGCCGCCGCUGAAGCAGAAACAGGGACUAACUAA